AUGAAAUCGUUUGUUCGUUUUAACCAAUUUAAGAGAUUUUCUCAUCGUUCAGCAAGUGGAUUUACGUCCAAUUUAAGAUCGACGAGACCAGUCUUACAAUCUAGCUUUUUGCCAAGAUCAAUCUUAUUUACUGCAGGAGUGUUUGGUGCUACAAUUGGAGGGUUUUAUUUAUUUGAUGCCAGGUCAGCAAUCCAUGAGUAUGUUUUCUGUCCGCUAAUCAGACAAUUCACUAGUGCGGAACAGGGUCAUAAGUUUGGUAUUUUUUUGAUGAAGUAUGGAUUGGUGCCUAAGUUGUUGGACGAGCAUCUCAAUGAUACGUCGGAUGUGUUGGGAGUUGAUGUGUUUGGCACCAGAUUGAGAUCACCUAUCGGAUUAGCUGCGGGAUUGGAUAAGGAUGGUGAAGCCAUCGAUGCGUUGUUUGACGUUGGGUUUUCGUACGUUGAAAUCGGGUCCAUUACCCCCGAACCACAGCCUGGUAACCCUACUCCUAGGUUUUUCAGAUUACCUAGAGACGAUGCCGUUAUCAACAGAUACGGGUUCAAUUCUACUGGUCAUUUCAACGUCGUUGCAUCGUUAAAGGUGAGAUUCGCGAAGUUGCUUGAAAGCUUUAGGAUCAACCACAAUUCUGACCAGAAUCCCACUUCCAAUUCAUUCAGAGACGGCAAAUUAUUGGGUGUUAACUUAGGAAAGAAUAAAUUCGGAGACGAAGUCACCGAUUACGUGAAGGGUGUCAGCAGAUUGGGUCCGUAUGCGGAUGUAUUGAUUGUCAAUGUUUCAUCUCCAAAUACUCCCGGCUUGAGGGACUUGCAAAGCGAGCUGAAAUUGACUAACUUGUUGGCUACCGUGGUCAAGGAAAGAAACACCCUAGGCGUCAAUCUCUUGAACAAGAAGCCGCCAGUCUUGGUCAAAGUUGCUCCCGACUUAACCGAGCCAGAAAUCGAAUCAAUUGCCAACUCUGCAAAGGCUGCGAAGGUUGACGGGAUAAUCAUCUCCAACACCACAAUUCAAAGGCCCACCGAGAAUUUACUCACCACCAACACAAAUUUGAUCAACCAAACUGGUGGAUUAUCCGGUAAGCCAUUAAAGCCAUUAUCCUUGAAGGCCUUAAAAACCUUGAGGAAGUACACCAAGGACUCUGACUUGGUUUUAGUCGGUUGUGGAGGUAUCUCUAGCGGAAAAGACGCAUUAGAAUUCGGUAAGGCUGGUGCCACUUUUAUCGAGUUAUACACGGCUUUUGCCUACAAAGGGCCUGCAUUACCAUCGAAGAUAAGAGACGAAUUGGUCGUCGAAUUGAAGAAAGAAGGCAAGACAUGGCAACAAAUUAUUGGUGAAGACGAUAAAUAG